AUGAGCGCCGCCUUCUUCAUCCGCGACCACACAACCCCAGACGACACCCUCUCCGACCAUGAAGAAUGCUCAAUCUGCCUUGACAACUACAAGACCGAAGAGUGUCUCCGCAUCACCGGCAUCCCGCGUUGCAACCACCACAUCGGCGCCAGCUGCCUUGACCGCAUGCUGCGCAGCAACCCCAACGAAGAGAAGAAGUGUCCCCUGUGCCGCGCCGUCUGGAUCCCCGCGCACACUCUGCCUUUCCCUCCUCGCAACCAGAGUCUGGGUACCUCACGGCGCAUGGCAAACAUGUUCGCAGGCCUUGACGGUAUCGGUGCGGACAUCGCUGGUAACCAGGUAGUUGGCGCUGGCGCCAUCUCACCUCUACCAGUCGAUACACCUUCAUCGCCGGACUUUGCACCCACAUCACCAGGAUACACACCCACAUCCCUUACAUUCCCUGCAUCCCCGACAUCCCCAACGUUUGCACCUACAUCACCGGUAUAUCCACCCACGUCUCCCACGUUCCCAGCAUCCCCGGCGUUUUCACCCACCUCACCGGCAUACUCACCCACAACCCCCACAUUCCCGACAUCCCCAACAUACACGCCCUCCACGCCACCACCCCACAACAGCCCAUUCCCACCCUGGCGCGAGGAGCCCGAGGCUGCUCCAGUGCAGAACCAGCAGCUCAACCCCAUCGUCAUCGACUCCGAUUCCGACGACAACGCAGACUACAACGUCCAGUUCCAGAACUUCAACAACUACAGACGUGAGAUCGAUGAUAUACGGAGCCGAGCAAGAGACACGCGCGGGCUGAGGAGUAUCAGGAAGAGACGGGCCGCUACUGCUGCUGAGAGGGAGCGUGUCAACGCCAGGAAUGAGGGAAGCGGUCGUGCCGAUUCGAAUGGUAACAGUGAGAACGCUGCUGCGAAUGGUGGGACUGGUACCGCCAGGUCACGCGCGUUGAACCGUCUUCUGGGUAACGCGAGGAACCCUUUUCAGCCUUCUGAGUACACCGCUAGCGCUGGCGCUGGCGCGUCUCCUGCUCCCAUGAACGAGGUGUUGGAACAGCGCAGCGAGCCACAGGAACGACGUCUAGGAAGCGAGCUACGCCGUGCAAGAACGUUCGAGCAACCCGCCUCGCGGACUGCUAAUCACACGAGCGACCGUCGAGGUCGAGCCCCAACACCAUACAGACAGACCCCAAGCCCAAACACCUCAGACACGCCGGUAGACCUUACCGCAGAUGAGCCUAUCGAACUCCCUGCUAUUCAGUCAGAUUCUGCGCGCGAAGCUGUUCGCAGCAGGCAGCUCGAUCGCCGCGAAGCGUCCUUGUCUCGACGCGAGCAAGUGAUUAUUAAUCGGCAGUUGGCGUUGGUAAGGCGGGAGGAAGCGGUUGAGGCGCGGGCGGACAGAUCAUUCGAGACGAUGAUGAUAUUGAUGAGGCACAGAGAGGAGAUGGAGGAGAUGGCCAAGAGGCACAGGAAGGAGUAUGAGCGACUUGUACACCGAGACGUACACCGAGACGAGUGA